UUUCUCCUCCGACUCGCCAGAUUGGGGGAUGCCCAGUCCGAUCUUUGUCGGAUCCUGCCUCGGUCAGUCUGGGCGAGAGUCAUAGCAGCCAUAUUGCUCCAAUAAUGACUGCGACCUCGUAUUCAGGCUCCACGUGUGAUCGCCUUCAGCUUUCAAGAACAUGGCUCGCUCAUUGAGCGUGCUGAUGGCUUUCCGUUGGCGUUGGAAAUCAUGACUCGAAUGACAAGGCUGGCGCUCAUAUCAAGAGUGCUUCCUCGCCUUGCAUAUCCUUUUCCAACAUCAAGGCGUGCAAGGAGAGAGCAGGAUGUUACUAUCUGCACUAUAUAUCGCGUUCAUUGCUUUCGCGACUUCAGCGUACGCCGGCAACUAUGCAGGCGACUUCAACGCGCUCAUCGAAUUCGCGCCGCUGGCUGUAGAUUCAUCAAGCAAUGCUUCGAAUGUCGAGCAAGCCAAGAGCAACGAUUACGGGAUGGACAUGUUUGCGGCAAUGAAGUCGAGGCGACAGUCUUGCUCAGCUGGUUAUGGGAUAUGCUAUGAGACUGGGCGUUGUUGCCCCGACCCGGACGGCCAAGGCGGAUGCUGUGAUGGCUCGGGAGUGUGUAUCACUGCUGGCGACACCUGCUGUGCGGCUGGUCAUGCGUGUCAAGCGGGCCGGGAUUGUUGCGGUGAUGGAUGCGUUACCGAGGGCUCACAAUGCUGUCAAGGAACAACCGUAUACGUUUGUACUUCCGACGAGGAGUGCUGCUCAGACUCCUGCAUGCCAAUAGGGAGUCAGUGUUGCGACAAUGGUCAGUAUUGCGAAAGUGGUAAUAGUUGCUACAGCUUUGACGACGAUCCAUCCGAUAUCUUUUGCUGUACUAAUGAAGCCUGCACUGCUUAUGUCGAGGGCGGCGUGACGACAACACGUACGACUUCACAGGCUCCACCACAAAGCACCCGUCUACCCUCAACAGAAGAGUAUCAGUACUACUACAUCGUCUAUACUUGGUACUACUAUGCCUAUUACUAUACUCUUGUUCAACGAACAUCUGUCGUUACCUACACCUACACCACGACUACAACUACAUUAUCAAUAUAUGCCACCAACUCCCAGGAGGCCUCUUCCAUCGGAGAAAGCCAGAUCGAGACAAUCACGCGAAUACCUCCGGAGGAUGCAAGUACCGAGUUGGCGAGUCUUGUUGAGACAGCUCCACCAUCAGUAUCGCAGACAGCCAAUAUCAUAGCGGGGACCAUCGCACCCGGAGGUACGAGAAGCGUAGCAGCGACCACUACCGGGACGGGGCCGGAAGAGACCGAAGGUGCGAGCGCUGGAGCGAGGAUUCAGGCGGGCCUACCAUUAGUGGCGAUAAACGCGAUGGUAGCAUUAUGGAUCUACAUGUAAAUCCGGAAGUUAAUAGAUGAGGUACACUAUAGGCAACAUUAUCCGUCUAAUGUAAUGUAGGGUUAAUUCAGAUCAUGUUUCGUUG